AUGCUUCCACACAUUGAACGAAACAUCAUUGAACUCGCUGCACCAUUUGCAAGUACUCUUCCUCAGUUGAAAUGUUCAUCACGUGAUGUUUUGUCUGCUGGUGUACAAAUGGCGCCCCAGUUGAAUUUACAAGUAACUGAAGUGGUGCAGGUGGAGCCUGAUGUUCUGGUGCCUGUAGGUAAUGUAAGCAUAGUGCGUGCCAAAUAUUCUGCCGUAUCACAACAACCCAUAGGCCUCUCUUUCUGGCGGAAUCGUUUCAACGAAACUAAGAUAUGCCCUCUACCCUCGGAAAAAGAGGAGACUAUACGGUACAAUGGAACUGCAGUACCACUCCAGUACCGUAUCUACGAUGAUGGUACAUCUUGUACGCGACAGUUCAUCGAAGGAGGCUCUUCCUUCAAAAACGCAACUCAGUUUCAGUUAAACAAACUGAAGUACUACGGAGCUGAUAGUGCCAUCUUAUUACUUGAAAAGGGGAAGAAGUUCAUUUCACGCUGGCAUGAUUAUCUGUUUUCUGACUUCUACGAUCCAUAUGUAAAUGUUACACAGGCUAUUCCAACGUUCUUCCUCUAUGAACACGUCUUUCAAAAUGAUAUUUUGGGUCUAAUCCAUGGUUCGGACAUUUCUCGAUUGCAACUGAAGUUUCACAGACCGCUUCCAUAUCCUAUUGAUUUUUCGAUGAUAAUCAUGUGGCUUCUCGCUGUUGGAUGUGUGGCUGGAGGAGGUGUUUGGGCUUUCUUUCGACAU